AUGGAGAACAACAACUUCAAUGGCUCCAUUCCCGACUCUAUCAGCAACCUUGCGAAUCUUAAUACCCUGGUCCUGGCGUACAGCAUGCUCACCGGAAACCUUUCUGAGUCCAUUGGCAAGCUGCCGAAUCUUCUUCACUUAGACCUUUAUUCCAACAACUUGACUGGCGCCAUUCCCGAGUCCAUUACCAACCUCGCAAAUCUUAAUCACUUAGAUCUGGCGCGCAACAUGUUGACCGGCACCGUUCCGGGCUCCAUUAGCAAACUUGCGAACCUUACUUACUUCGACCUGAACCACAACACGUUGACUGGCACCAUUCCUGAGUCCAUCACCACCCUUGCAACUCUUAACAGCCUUGACCUGAGCUACAACGUGUUGAGCGGAACCAUUCCCAAGUCCAUUGGCAGCCUCGCAAACCUUACUAAGUUAAACCUAGCCCACAACAUGCUGGGCGGCACCAUUCCUGCGUCCAUUGGCAACCUUCCAAGUCUUCAGUACUUGCAGCUUAGUUACAACAGCAUCAAUGGCACAAUUCCUGAAUCCAUCGCGGGGCUCUCGCGCCUUACGAACAUUUGGGUUCUUCAUAACAACCUGAGCGGCUCGAUACCAGCGGCCGUGAGCAGGCUCCAAUCUCUGGCUAUCCUCAACUUGGGCUACAACAGCCUGACGGGCUCAAUCCCCGACGCCAUUUCCACACUCACAGAUAUUGCGAGCCUAACUAUCCAUGACAACAACUUGAGUGGACCCAUACCACCAGGACUGGGCAACCUUCUCAAAUGUGAAACGCUAUACCUUCACGGCAACAACUUGACCGGCCCGAUUCCUGACUCACUUAUGAAGCUCACAGCCCUUCGCUCCUUAACUGCUUCUGAAAACGAGUUGACGGGCUCAAUCCCAGAGACAAUCAGCAACCUUCGGGACCUCGACACCUUGAGUCUACACGAUAACAACCUGACCGGACCCAUUCCAUCCACAAUUGGACUUUUGACCAAACUGACACUUUUAGACCUUGCCAACAACAGCCUGACAGGCAGCAUCCCCGAGUUUAUUAACAACCUCGGCCAACUUUCUCUCUUGGUUCUGAAUGGAAGUGGUCUCACCUGCCCUGCUGACUACUCUCCAUGUCUGGCGACGCAGCAGCAGCUCCAAAGCAUUUUUUGCGGCCAGUGUUCCUCUUUCUGCUCCACCUGCGGCAAGCCAGCACCUCCACCACCCCCCCCGCCGGCAAAGUCCGCCACCAAGUCUCUAGGCCUGUCAGCAGCAGCAGCCAUUGCUGGCAUUGCCGUGGCUCCUUGGAUUCGGGAGGAGGAGCCGGCAGCAGAGGGUGUUGAAGUGGAGAAUGAAUGUGAUGAAGCUGGCUGUGCGGUCGAGACAGCACGUGCUGUGGCCAUGUGA